AUGGAGAGAAAAAUGGAAAAAGUGCCGCCCGAAACACAUCAUUUAGUCAGAAAACAAUCAGUUUUCACAUUUGUGGAUCAUGCGAAAGACAAGUCAAAAGAGAAACCGAAACCCACGAAUUUCAGGAAGACAUUAAAGAAAAUAAGGAAAUUCAACACAAUCAUCGCUUUUGUAUUCCUCAUCCUCUAUAUUGGAGGAGGAGCCGCUUUGUUCUGGCAAAUUGAAUCGAAGUCUGAUAUGAAUUUCGAGAAAUACAAAGAAGAACUGAUAGACAAAUCGAAGAAACUCUAUAAAUCACUGGCACCCAGUAAAUGCGCUCCAUUGCAACCGUCGGACAACGAGGAAAACAACAAAUGUCUGAAAAAGAUUUAUGAUUUAUUGAUGGAUUCAAACCCUUCAAAACAUAUCAGAACAUACUUGGAUGGCCUAGCUUAUGUAUUGACUUGUAUUACGACUAUAGGUUACGGUCAGUUAGUUUGUUAUACGAUAGCCGGGAAAAUGGUGACAGUGAUCUACGUCAUUAUUGGAAUCGCCCUGACGAUUUAUGUGCUCCGACACAAUGGAAAAAUCGCGUUGAAAGUUUGUAAUUGGGCGCUAGGAGUAGUGGCGAGGUGUAUUCGGAUAUGCGGAAACAAUAAAGUAAAUGUCCGAAUGACCGUCACCAAAUCGUUCAUUCUUCUUUUCGUUUUCUGGAUUCUCGGAGCUCUCGGAAUCGCCAGUUACGAGAAAUUCGUGUUCUGGGAUGCCAUUUAUUUCUCAUUCAGCACAUUUUCAACAGUAGGAUUCGGAGAUUUAGUGCCGACGAGUCACGUAUCUGGAGCCAUCAUUUUCACUCUUCAUUUCAUUGAUUUAUCACUGCUUUCGAUGGUUUUUGUACUUGUUCAUCAAACAAUGGAAAAUCACUAUAUGAAAGUUCUGGAACUUUUGGAUGAGGGAUACCAGAAAUAUACGACUGAACUGAAUACGGGAACCACAACAAACCUACAAUCACCGGGCGGUUCGAAACGAAAUUUGGAUAUGAUGACGACGGCUAGAGAGAAAUCUUAA